GUGGGCACGAUGAGCGGGGCGCCCGCCAAGAAGCCCACGCGCCAGAAGGCCAAGAGGUCUCCCGCCCGGUUGGCCGGUUCAAAAAAAGCGCCAGCCAACAGCGCCGCCUUCCUGGCCGUACCGGAGAUGGGAGCGGACAAGACGCCACCCAUGACGGCCGCCAUGGGGACGAGGGCGGGGGAGAUCGGCGACCUGUGCUGGCACCAGGUGGAGGCCGUCGCCGAAAGUGCGCCGCCGGCGACACGACUACCCCUCUGCUCGUUCCAGCCGACGCUCACGGUGACGCGGCCUGACGGCCACGACGCCGAGGUGUCGGGAGCUGCGGGCGGCACCGGCCCCGACCUGGACUUGGACCUGGACGAGGACGGCGACGUGGUCCCCGAGCUGACGGCGCUCCGCGCCCUGUCCUCGGGGGCGUCCGUGAGCGAGUCGACGCUCUGGGACCACGUCGGGCUGCAGGCGGGGCUGUCCGUGUCCAGCGCCACCGUCCCGUCCAUGACCGUCGGCAAGGGCGAGAAGAAGUAGAAGUCGACGGAAGAUCUUGCACACCAUACCCAAGAUGCAAACAUUACAUGUGCGCGACUGU